AUGCGAUCUGUGCUUGCUUGCAGGAAGCUGCAAGUGACGCGGCCGAAAGCCGGCAAGGAGUGGAAACGGUUCCUGGUGAUGUCGGCAGUAGCUUGGGGGCUGCCGUCUCUCAUGACAGGGCUAUGCGCCUACGCCUUUGAGAGGGACCAGCUCUUACGGAAGUGGUCCAGUCCAUCACUCACGGAAACACGCACCUGCUUCAAUGAAAUAAUUCUAACUACCCGACAGGACGUCCGGUUGGUGAAGCUCUUGGCGCACAAGCGGCACCGGUACGGCCGCUCGCCCGUGUGCGUGCGCGAGUGGAUCUUGAGCACGCCCGACGUGGCGAACGCCUUCUCGCACACGCCGCACGCGAACGGCCGCUCGCCCGUGUGCGUGCGCUCGUGCUUGGUGGCCAGGUCCUUGCUGGCGAACGCCCGCGCGCAGAAGCCGCACGCGAACGGCCGCUCGCCCGUGUGCGAGCGCCGGUGCAGCUUAGUGGCGACGCCAUCGCGGAACGACCGCGGCACAGCGUCGCCUCGCAUUCAUUACGCUGAAAAACAACUUCAUCAAAACUUAGGGGAAAUGGCUGAACAUUGGAACUCUGAAACUGUUGCACAGUGCCCCUACAAUCCCUCACAUCUGGUGCCAAGAAUGAGAUUUCCUAAUCACCUUGUAAAAUGUCAAAAAAACUAUCCCCAUGUGGUAUUAAAAAUAUGUCCUUACAAUGCUACUCAUAGAAUCAAAGCUGAGGCGUACCUGCAGCAUCUUGUGAAUUGUCCUAACAGACAACAUUAUCGUAUUGGAAUGUUGAAAUUUACAUCCAAUGCAAUCCUCACACAAAAUCCUCUCUCCAAGGCAGAAAUCACUACAUCUACAGCCAAUCGUUGCAAUAAUGAAAACAGAAGAAUUUUGUUUGAAACAAGAACUCACCAUCUGCUAAGCGUGACGAAAGUGACAAAGUCUUCUGGCAGGUGUUGCGAUCCCGAGCCCAGCCCUGCUUCUGAGUGGCAGCACGGUGUGCCCUCUGGAGGUACUGCGCUGUUCGCUCUAGUGUCUGCGGUGUCUGUUCUGCUUUAA